AGCAGCAGCGUGCGGAGCAGCUCUCCCCGUCCCCCCCUCCUGCAGACCUGGGGGCUGACAUUGAGCAAGCUGCACGCCCCCUGCUCCUCACUGCCAAAACCAACAACCAGAAGUGCUCCUAUUACAGCGCUGGCACUCGCGGCGCUCAUUCAUUCAAGCUGAGACACUCGGAGCAUUUAUUAGGGGCUGCCCGUGGCUCCUCGCAGUCCCUGCUGCAGUCCCACUCCAGCCCAGCCCCAGCCUGGCUCUUUGCAGGAAGCAGCUGCACAAUGCUGCCUGGAGGAGUGCUUUCUCUGCUCAUGCUGUUCUGUGUUUUCAGGGCUUCUGCUUCCGUGCUGGAUGAAGGCGACGACUACGAUCUCAUGUAUGUGAAUCUGGAUAACGAAAUCGAAGGUCCGGUUCUGGGCACUGAGGAGUCUGCCUCGUGUGACUGCCAGCGGGAGCACACAGAGUGGGACAAGCUCUUCAUCAUGCUGGAGAACUCACAGAUGAAGGAGAACAUGAUGCUGCAGGCGCUGGAGGAUGGGCUGAAGGCUGACGUGCAGGCAAUCAGAGCAGAGCUGAACCAACUCACUGCUGGCCUCGCCGGCACCUUCAGCUCCACGGUGCAGCAGCUCACCUCCCACGCCUUGGCCCAGCUGGAGCAGGCACAGCAGAGGAACGGAGACCAACCUGAGGAUGCUGAGAGGCUCUGCGAGUCCCAGCAGGGCAAGGUUCUGGAGCAGGUCCUGCAGCUGAGCCACAACGUGUCCGCCAGGCUGGGCCAGCUGGAGAGCUCCUGGCUGAGAUGGGCAGAGCGGGAGGCCCAAGAAACAGCUUUCCAGCUCCAGCAGGACAAGCUCAGCCACAGCAGAGAAGACAACCUUCUCUUGAACACCUUAUGGAAAGAGCUGCAGCAGACCAGAUCUGAACUGAAGGCAUCUCAGAAAUGGGCUUCCCAGCACCUACUGCCAGCAGGCUACGAAACAGCAAUUCUGUUCCCAAUGCGCUCCAGAAAGAUCUUUGGGAGCAUUCAUCCAACAGCUGCCAUGACCCUCUCCUCCUUCACCGUUUGUGUCUGGGUUAAAGCAACAGAGGCUUUGGACAAAACCAUCAUCUUCUCCUACGGAACAAAGCUCAAUCCCUAUGAGAUCCAGCUGUACCUCAGCCGGCAGUCCGCAGUGCUCGCUGUAGGCAGCGCCCAGCACAAGCUGGCUGCCAGGGAUGUGGUGGUUCCCGGGAAGUGGAUCCAUCUGUGUGGCACCUGGAGCUCGGAUAACGGGACCGCAUCGCUGUGGGUGGACGGAGAGCUCACGGCCACUGCUGCGGGCAUUGCUGACACACACAUCGUUCCCGAUGGAGGAAUUCUGCAGGUCGGCCAAGAGAAGAACGGCUGCUGUGUCGGAGGAGGGUUCGAUGAAGCUUUGGCCUUCUCGGGGAAGCUAACAGGGUUGAACCUGUGGGACAGAGUGCUCAGCACGGAGGAGAUAGCAGCACAGGGCGGAGAGGAUGCGUGCAGCUCCCGGGGCAACAUUGUGGGCUGGGGAGUCACGGAGGUUCUGCUAUAUGGAGGAGCUCAGUAUGUUUCUUAAGCCGCAGGAAAGCAGUUUGUGAAGCAGAGCACAUUUCGUUAAGAGCAGAACACCAGUGUACGUACCAGGAGCGGAGCUGAAGAAGCCUGUAUCU